AUGAGAGGUGGAGUGCCCGCAAACGAGCUUCAAAUGUACACCUGGAUGGAUUGCACACUUCGAGAGUUGACGUCGCUUAUCAAAGAGGUUAAUCCAGAUGCUCGACGUCGUGGAACAACUUUUGACUUUUCCAUAGUCGCACCCGAUCGAAUGAACAACCGCUACACCAUCCGCGAUAUUGGAAAUACUAUGAACGGUCAGAGAGGCGUUGACGAUGGUAAAUCGUUGGCAAUGUGUAAAUUUGAAAUUGGAGACUUCAUUGAUGUUGCGAUCACAAUGCCUGGAGUUGGACCUGCAUCUGUGAGAAGGUAUGGAUCGUUUGGAGCAAUGAGACGCAACGGUGACGAUUUUGAUCGUGAUAGGAGAAGAUUCAGUCCUAUUCGAGACAGAUAUUAA